AUGAUGAUUGAGCUGCAGAGCAGUGAAGAUGGCGGAGGUGGCGGCCACGUGGACAUACUGACCACGGAGGAGCUGGAGUGUAAGAUCUGCUACUGCGCGUACAACCUGGGGAGCCGCAGGCCCAAAGUGCUCGAGUGCUGCCACCGUUUGUGCGCCAAAUGCCUCGCCAAGAUCCUGGACUUGGGUGAGUCGCCUCCCAACGCCGUGGUGUGCCCAUUCUGCCGCUACGUUACCAGACUGCCCGGGGAGGCGGUGAGCAGCCUGCCGGACGACUGCAACCUGGUGGCGGCGCUGGCGCUCCAAAGCAGGAAUCAGAGGAACCUCCACCUCCACCAGGAGGCGACCACGGAGCUGCUGCUCAGCCCCACGCGCCUGAGCUCGCUGAUGACCCCACCUGUGACAUCCGCGUCCUCCUCCUCAUCUUCCUCCUCCACAACUUACUCAUCCAUUCGAGGGUCACCAAACUUUGUGGUCAUUACCAUCAUGGAGCCGCCGCCGAUGCCUUCAUCCACACAAGACCUCCACCCACGUGGAUCUCACAUAUCAAACCGCGGCUACCGCUCAUCCAGUCUGGACUCCAUGGCGUCCAUCACGCAGAGGUGGACGGUGUGGAACUGCGCGGCCCUCCUGUGCCAGACCUCGGCCCGGGCGCUGGUGUGGGUGCUGGGGCUGCUGUACUUCAGCUCGCUGCCGAUGGGGGUUUAUCUGCUCAUCAUGCAGAGGACGACGCUCGGCGUGCUGCUGGUGAGCCUGGUUCCCGCCAGCCUCGUCAUGAUCAUGGUCUACGGGUUCUGCCAGUGCAUCUGCCAUGAGCUGUGGGACUGCAUGCCACCGUAA